GAAAGGCUGAGAGAGAGAGGCAGAGAGACAGGAAACCUCAAAAGGAUAAAACAAAAACCAACAUGUGUGUGCCUGAAAACCAAAGCUGAUGCUGUGGUGCACCAUACCAAGAUGCCAUUUAUUCUUCAUCCUUGCAAGUUCCUAUGCUUUCAGUGUAGAAUGCCAGUGAAGGACACCAGUUUUUUCAGCAACACCUUCAUCAAGAAAUCUCAUACCAAAAGCCCAUCUCCAGCUCCUCAGAAAUUGCGUUCUUUUGCUGUUCUUUUCAAUCCUCACUCUUCUAAAAAAGUUUCAAUUUUGAGUGAUACCCACUUCACAUUUUGCUCCAGAAAUGGUGGGUUUGAUGGGAUUUCCAGUGAUUUGUCUCCAGAGGCUAAUGAUGACGGAACCCAAGAGCUUGAGUUGCUGAACAAGCCUUAUCCUGUGCGUGUUGCAGAAGAGUUGGCUUCCGAAGCUGAAAUGGACCAAGAGAAGCCUUCUCAGCAGGAAGCUUUGGCACCCUUUUUGAAGUUUUUCAAAGGUAGUGAUUCUAUGGAGGAGGUUGAAGAAGAUGGUGAUGUAUUGCAAGUUUCUGAAGAAAAAUAUGUAGUGGAUGGUGAGAAUGAAGAAGAAGGAGAAGAAGAAGAAGAAGAUAAGAAGGUUGGUGUUGAGUACUAUGAGCCCAAACCUGGGGAUUUUGUGGUGGGUGUGGUUGUUUCAGGUAAUGAAUAUAAGCUUGAUAUCAAUGUGGGUGCAGACUUACUAGGUACAAUGUUAACAAAGGAAGUGCUUCCCUUGUAUGGCAAAGAAAUGGAGAACUUGUUAUUUGAUGUGGAGAAGGAUACAGAGAAUUUUAUGGCUCAGGGGAAGAUUGGAAUUGUGAAAAAUGAUGAGGCAUUAAGUGGAGUACCAGUGCCUGGAAGACCUGUUGUGGAGACUGGAACCAUUUUGUUUGCUGAGGUUUUAGGUAGAACCCUUAGUGGUCGGCCAUUGCUUUCUACUAGAAGGUUCUUUCGCCGGAUUGCGUGGCAUCGAGUGAGGCAGAUACAACAGCUUAAUGAACCUAUUGAAGUUAGAAUUACAGAGUGGAAUACUGGAGGCCUGCUAACUAGGAUUGAGGGUUUGCGAGCUUUCCUAGCCAAAGCUGAGCUUGUGAAAAGAGUGAACACCUUUACUGAAUUGAAAGAAAAUGUGGGGCGCCGUAUGUAUGUACAAAUUACUCGAAUAGAUGAAGAUAAAAAUUCUUUAAUGCUUAGUGAGAAGAAAGCUUGGGAAAAGCUAUUUCUUCGCGAAGGAACACUUCUAGAUGGGACUGUGAAAAAGAUCUUUCCGUAUGGAGCCCAAAUUAAGAUAGGAGUUUCUAACAGAAGUGGGUUGCUACAUAUUUCAAAUAUCAGUCGAGCUGAAAUUACUUCUGUCAGCGACGUACUUUCAGUUGAUGAGAACGUUAAAGUUCUGGUGGUGAAGUCAGCAUUUCCUGAUAAAAUUUCUCUGAGCAUUGCAGCCCUUGAAAGUGAACCUGGCCUUUUUCUAUCAAAUAAAGAGAGAGUAUUUCUGGAAGCUGAGAUGAUGGCAAAGAAAUACAAGCAAAAGCUACCUCCUGCUAUUACCACGAAACGAUUAGACCCGCUACCAACUAGUGCACUGCCUUUUGAAAAUGAAGCACUUUAUGCAAACUGGAAGUGGUUUAAAUUUGAAAAAUAAUGUUAGUCACAAAAGCAAGAAAAUUAUUCACCGACAGAAGCUCAAUUGAGAGAACUUUGUGACUGCAUGGAUCAUCAGGUUUGAAGACAAGCCUGCCUUUUUGAAAGAUAAUAGCAUGAAAAGCCUCAGUGGAAAAGCUCCUUUAGGUGCAGUCAUUGUUCUCCUGUGGUUUGGGCAUGCAUUGCAUAGAGUUUUACAAGCCAUGUAACCCAUAAUUCACUUUUAUUCUUUCUUUCAUUUUUGGAGUUCUCCCUUUUGUCACGAAAAAAGGUUUUCUCUUUUACUUGUAUCUUAAAAUUUUCUUCCAAUAGAUGGUGGAUACAUGCUGGAUGUAAAUUCUGGGAUGAAAUAUUGUAGUUUAAUUUUGAUUCAUUGGCCGAGUAAAAAUUUUUACACUAUCAUCUAUGUGUUGACACUUCAUUGAAUGAGUUUGACCGUUCAGUGAGAAUCAAAAUUAAUUCCAAAUUGUAAUUGCAUUUAUGUACUCAAUUUUUGAUGUGUUUUUCCAUCUUGCUUUUCUCGUA